AUGAUACUGCAGUCUAUUGGUUUCUUCUAUGUUGAUGGGCCUAGUAAUUCCAGGGUGACUGUUGAUGUAGAGUUGAAGUUGACUAUUGCUAUGAAGGGUCGUAAGUGUCUGGGUGGUAAGCUAGAUGAGUCUGGGCCGAUUAAUCCGAAUAAUGCUGGUGUUUCUAUUGGUAAUGAGGAUAUUGGGAGUAAUUUAGGGGCUGAUUUGCCUGAUAAGGAUGUAGAUAGUAUUAAUUAG